AUGGCCAAGCACACGUCGCUGCACUUCCGCGUGGUGGAGGGAAGGGACCUGCCCGCCAAGGACGUGUCCGGCACCAGCGAUCCUUAUUGCAUUAUCAAAGUUGACAAUGAAGUCGUGGCCAGGACUGCGACUGUGUGGAAGAACCUCAACCCUUUCUGGGGGGAGGAAUAUACCCUGCACCUGCCGAUGGGGUUCCACAACCUCUCAUUCUAUGUUCUUGAUGAAGACACCAUUGGGCACGAUGACGUCAUCGGCAAAGUCUCCCUCAGCAAAGAGUUCAUCUCCUCCCAUCCACGGGGAAUUGACCGAUGGAUCCACCUGAGCCGCGUCGACCCCAACGAGGAGGUGCAAGGCGAGAUCGCGCUGGAGCUGCGGGUGGUGGAGGAAGCCCACCGGAGGGUGCUCUGCUGCCGCAUCGUCGAAGCCAGGGACCUCGCGCCUCGCGACAGCUCCGGCACCUCCGACCCCUUUGCCCGCGUGCUGUGGAACGGGCAGGUCCUGGAAACAGCGAUUAUCAAGAAGACUCGUUUCCCGCACUGGGAUGAGCUGCUGGAGUUCGUCUUGGAGGACGGGGCUGCCGUGGAAACCCCCCUCGUGGUGGAAGUGUGGGAUUGGGACAUGGUGGGCAAGAAUGACUUCCUGGGCCGGGUCGAGUUCUCUUUGGAGGAUCUGCAGAAAGCCACGCUCAAGGACUGGUUCCGCCUGCUGCCUUUCCCCAGCGCGGAGGAAGACGCUGGGGGGAAGCUGGGUGCCCUGAGGCUGCGGGUUCGGCUCACGGAGGAUAGGAUCCUGCCAUCCAGGUACUACCAGCCACUCAUAGACCUGCUGGUGGAGUCCAUCUUGUGUCCAGCAGAGGUGGACGAGGUCACAUCCUUGACUCUGCUGGAAGACGUGUGCUCUGUGGAGAGUCGCCAAGAUGUGGCCACAAAGCUAGUCAAGAUCUUCCUUGGGCAGGGCUUAGUGGUGCCCUUUUUGGACUACCUGAACCUCCGAGAAGUUUCGCGAACCACGGAUCCAAACACCCUCUUCCGCUCCAACUCGUUGGCCUCCAAAUCCAUGGAGCAAUUCAUGAAGGUGGUGGGGAUGCCCUACCUCCAUGAAGUGUUAAAGUCCAUCAUCAACCGGAUCUUCGAUGAGAAGAAGUAUGUAGAGUUGGAUCCAUGCAAGAUUGAGCCGAGCCGGACCAGACGGAUAUCCUUCAAAGGUUCCCUGUCCGAGGCCCAGAUACGGGAGAGCAGCCUGGGGGUGCUGGAGGGGUACCUGGGGGACAUCGUUGAGUCCAUUGUGAGUUCGACGGAGAAGUGCCCUCCUUUCAUGAGGAUGGCUUUUAAGCAGCUGCACAAGCGGGUGAAGGAUCACUUUGUGGAAGUGGAGAACCAGGACAUCAGAUACAUCGCCAUCAGCGGGUUCCUCUUCCUCCGCUUCUUCGCUCCAGCCAUCCUGACCCCAAAGCUGUUCCACCUGCACGACCAGCACGCGGACCCACAGACUAGCCGCACCCUUCUGCUUCUGGCCAAGGCGGUGCAGAGCAUUGGAAACUUGGGGCUCCAGCUGGGCCAGGGCAAGGAGGCGUGGAUGCAGCCCUUGUUCCCCUUCAUCCUGUCGAGCAUCGGGCGAGUCAAGGAGUUCCUAGACAAGCUCAUCGAUGUGGACUCCGAGGCCGGAGCAAGCGAGAAGCAAACCCGGACCGUUUUCCAGCCCUCGGCCACCAUAAAAGAGGGCUACCUGCAGAAACGCAAGGCAGAGGGCCUCCACUUGGUUUCACGAUUCACCUUCAAGAAACGCUAUUUCUGGUUAAGCAACGAGAGCUUCUCCUACUCAAAAUCUCCCGAAUCGCAGGUGCGCACAUCCGUCCCCGUCCAGCGGAUCUGUGCCGUGGAGCGCGUGGACGAAAACGCCUUCCAGCAGGCGCACGUGAUGCAGAUCACCACACGUGACAACGGAGGGCAGCUCUGCACCAUGUACAUUCAAUGCAAGAACCUCAACGAGCUCAAUCAGUGGCUCUCGGCUAUCCGGAAAGUGACCAUCUCCAACGAGUGCAUGUUACCCUUUUGCCACCCGGGCGUCUUCCGUGGAAAUCGCUGGACUUGCUGCUUGCAGACAGACCGUGCCGUUCGAGGCUGCAGCCGCACACACUCCACGGUGACCCUGGGAGACUGGAGCGACCCCUUGGACCCGGACACCGAGGCCCAGAUGGUGUACAGGCAGCUUCUGCUGGGCAGGGAAAAGCUCAGUGAGACGCACCUGGAGCUUUUGCACGGCGGGGCUGCGCAGGAGCACGGCAAGGGCGCGCAGAGCGACACAAAUGGCCAAAGGAUGAAAGCAGCUGAAGGCCUCCUGGAAGUCAUCCGGGAUUUGGAGAGGGCCCACGAGGCCUUUGAGCACCGAGAUGCAGAAGACGAGACGGCUGCAGCUGAUGCGCCCGCCCAGGCGUAG